AUGAGUUCUCUCGUGAACCCAAGUGCCUUCGAGCUCCCGCCCGUCGAGUCUGCGCUCGAUCCAGACGAGCAGCAUGAUGGUAAACCUUCAGUUACGAACCAAGCAGGUUCACCGGAAGCAAUCUCUGCUCACGAGCUGCUCGACGGCGGUGCUGAUAGUGCCCCCCUUCCUCCCCCGGUGGCCCCGGACAAUGACUCCUCCCUGCCCGACAGCAACGGGGAGGCUAUGGAAGAGGACGAACCAGUCACUCCUGAUCCCGCAGUACCAGAUCAGCCGAUGGCAGACCUCCACAUCACCACCGAUCCGGUCUGCCCUCUCGCUCCAUCGCAGGGAUCUCCCUUGACUCUUGAUCUUCUUUCCGCCUAUCACGACCCGUUGUUCGUCGAACCUAAGGUCGAACACCCGCUCUCCUUCAGCGUCGAGUCGAUUCCGUUGCCACCAGGAUCUCCUCCGCCUUCGACGCCCGGAGAUGUUGCUCCUGCAUAUGAGUUUUCUGGGGCUGCUGCUCCUAUACAAGACAGUGUUAUCGAGGCUACUCCUCCUGGCUCGUCCGGACAGCCAUCCUCGUUCUCCUUUGCGAGCGUCGUCGCCCGACAAGCAGCUGCCGCUGCAGCGGAACGAGCAGCCAAUGCUCCCGCAGCUCCUCUGCCAGCUGCGCCACCAUCGCGUUUUCUUGCCCGACGCCGAAACAGGCUUACGGUGGCGCCUAACCCGAGCCUGCCUGAUGAGACGCCGCCCAAUCAUGCUCAUCCAUCUCAUUCAUCGUCACCCGUGGGCGCAGUACGUGACACUCAACAGUAA